CCACACACCCCGACACAACACCGACACAGUAAGACCUGUGCAGAGAAGAGGAUGCAUUCAUCCAUCGCGAAAGAAGUAAAGCACGCUGUAAUGUUGUUGUAGGUGCUCUUCCGUUCAUCAGACAAGAUAGCACUCGGAGAUGCUGGCGGCAUGGCGGCUGUCGCAGUGGUAGGAAGCCACACCCAUGGGCCACACAACACUGUGCGAUGGCGAGUACAAUCAUUCGUAGAUCCACGGCCAUGUGUGUCUGUGUGGCUCCGCAGGUACGUCUAUGGCCGCCAGAGCUUCACCAAGGCCGGCUUCGAGCAUGCCGCCAAGAGCUUCAACCCUGCCGUAAGCAUGCACACACACACACACACACACACACACAGAUCUGCGGAAUGAGUGAGUGAGUGAGUCAAGUGAAGGGAGAGUCGACGUUUGCCAGCUGUCGCAGCAUUGGUCGUAGUACCCUUCACAAUAGCGACACUCUCCUCCGGUCUGCCGGCCGAUUGGCUGUCGUCCUGACUGCCGACCACACGCAGACCUGAGCGAGUGGGUAAGGCAGGCCUCUCUACCAGCGAAGCCGACACCCUGCCAGUCUUCUUUGCAAGAGGCCUGCACACACACACACACCAUCCACCAUCCACCAUCCACCAUCCACUCACAUGACAUCCACAUAAAUGACUCUCUCUGCUUGCCUGGAUGGAUGGAUGCCGUGCCUCUGUGUGUGUGUUGAUGCUUGUUGACUUGAUCAGGACUGUGAUGUGGACCUCUCCAGUCGUCACUUUAUCAUCACGGGCGCCACGUCGGGGCUGGGCCUCUCGUGCGCACAGGUGCUUGCUCGGAAAGGAGGGACGAUUCACCUGGUGUGUCGGAACAAAGACAAGGGGGAGAAGACGCUCGAUCAGCUCAAGGCAGAUACCAACAACCAGGACAUCCACCUGCACGUUGUGGGUGAGAGAGGAGAGCUCCCCUUGAGCACAAGAAUGGGCCAUGGCUGGCUGUAGUGUUCAUUUCUCACUCUUGCUUCACUCCUUCAUUCUCACUCUUGCUUCAUUCCUUCAGAUCUGUCUGAGAUCGGUGCCGUUCGCCGCUUCUGUUCGUCGUUUCAGCUGCCCCUGCACGGCCUGAUCAACAAUGCGGGCAUUAUGGUCCACACGAGGACACUCACACAAGACGGAGUAGGCCAGCCUCCACAUCUGAUGAAUUCACCCUUCCACUGACUGAGGCCAUGACCACUUCUGCCCUCCCUCUCUCUCUGUCAGCAUGAUGUCAACUUCGUGACCAAUGUGCUGUCCCCCUUCCUGAUGACUGUCGAGCUGCUCCCAAACCUGCGGCGAUCAGGUGACCCACACUCGGUUGGUGGAAGACAAACAGCGGGCAUCGCUGUCUCGUGUGUGUAUUGCAGGUGACGGUCGCGUGAUAUUCGUCUCCUCUGGCGGCAUGUAUGCUCAAGGUGGGUAGUCACGGCCAGCGGGGAAAGCAGCGCACACACACACAGAGGGAGGGAGGGAGGACAUGCGGUGGUUUACAUGCGUUCAGAGUUGAAGCCUGACGAUCUCGAGGACAAGAAGCUGACCAAGUAUGACGGCACAUGGGUGUAUGCGCACAACAAACGAGGUGGGCGGAGACGCCGCCACGAGAGGGGCACCACGUGCAGCCACUUUGCUCUCUCCCUUUUGGCAGCCCAGGUGUGUCUGGCCGAGCUGCUGGCUGAGAAGGUGUCACCCGCCCAAGACUCCCCGGUGACCUUUUACUCCAUGCACCCGGGAUGGGCAGACACUCCUGGUGUCCGGCUGUCGAUGCCCUCAUUCUUCGACCAACACAAGGGCAUCCUCAGGACAGCUGAGCAAGGCGCCGACACUAUCGUAUGGCCGACGAGCGAUCUGAAAAGGACAUGGCAUCACUGUGGCGUCCACGUGCGUGUGUGUGUGUUCAGGUGUGGCUGGCGAUCGCGCCCUCUCUGACGGGGCCGGAGCAGAGGAGCAAGUACAAUGGCAAGUUCUCCCUCGACCGGCAUGUGGUCUCGCAGCAUCUCUUCGGCGCACAGACGCAGCCAUCAGAUGAUGAUUUGGCGAAGUGAGGGGAGAGCACAAUGGGCAGGGGGACUCGCAUGAAUGGAUGGAUGGAUGCUGUCAUGUGUGUCAGGUUGUGGGAGUAUGUGUGCAAAAAGGCCAACAUACCACCAGACUUCUACAAAAACAAGACGUGACCUCAUCCGUGGCGAUGUUCGUAUGUGGCUGCUUGUUGAUUGCGUUAUUUUUCCGUCAGCAGCAUGAGAC